AGCUCUCCUGGCUUUAUGCAACUCACGCAUGACACCAACACCAACGAUUUAAAAUCCACCCCACCCACCUUGGUUUCCUCAACUUUCUAUCUUUUAAUGCCCUGAGGCUGCUUAUAAAGAGAAGACAUGGCUUAGACCCCAGAAGGAGGCAGUGGCUGCAAGUCCCCAGUGUCAGCUCUGCUUGGCCACUGCUUGAUCUCACACUCUGCUGCCCAGCGACAUGGAGGUCCCCAAGGCUGCCCUGGCUGUCCUGCUUCUCACCGCGACACUCUGUUCCCAGACCUGCUCUUCCUUUUUUGGUGCCGACACUCCCACCUCCUGCUGCUUCGUCUAUAUCUCCCGGCAGAUUCCACGCAAAUUUGUGGUCGACUAUUAUGAGACCAGCAGCCAAUGCUCCAAGCCCGGUGUCAUCUUCCAAACCAAAAGAGGCCGGGAGAUCUGUGCUGACCCCAGGGAGGCCUGGGUCCAGGAAUACAUCACCAACCUGGAGCUGAAUGCCUGAGUGGCCUAGAAGCUACAAGAAAGGUGUUACAUCUAUGUGCAGUCACCUGAGCCAAGGCAAUGACCUUGGAACUCUGGAGGCACCUCUCCUAUGGGUCACACCCCCACCCUCCAGCCACAUGCUACAGCCCUUUUUAACUUUAAUUUUAGUUUUUGUAUCUUAUUUAACUUUUGUAAUUUAUUUCCAUUGUUGAAUUGUGUGAUGUAAUAAAUAUUUCUGCUGACAUCUCACAACAUCCUCUCCACCUCCCCACGACCCUUCCUUUUCUGUUCUCACACUCAAUAUGUGGAUCAGUCAGCAGGAUUGGCACUAUCUUGUAGCUGUUGUAUCAUAUAUAUCAAACAACAAAUGUUUACGGAGUAGUUUUGCCCAGCACGGCUCUUCAAAAUAUUGAAGGUCCUUAUAUAAAAGGUAAACCAGCA